AUGUGGUUUUCCUCAGGCAUGCAGAGGGCUGUGUGGGCUGUUUUGCUCUGGCCCUAUCUGCUUACCUUAUGCAUCCCAUUAGUCUGUAAGGAGGAGCAGGGCAGCCUCACCCGCUGCCCCUCCAUCUCCCAAGAGAAGCUUCUAGACCGAGUCAUCCAGCAUGCUGAGCUCAUCUACCGUGUCUCAGAAGAAUCAUGCUCUUUGUUUGAGGAGAUGUUUGUCCCCUUUCCAAUGCGACUCCAGAGGAAUCAGGCUGGCUAUGCAUGCAUCACCAAAGAAUUACCCAUCCCUAGCUCCAAAAGUGAAAUCCAACAGAUGUCUGACAAAUGGUUGCUCCACUCUGUGCUCAUGCUGGUCCGGUCAUGGAUCGAGCCUUUGGUUUACCUGCAGACUACGCUAGAUCUCUAUGAUGAUGCUUCUGAAGUGCUGCUCAACAAGACCAAGUGGGUCUCUGAGAAACUACUCAGUCUGGAGCAAGGGGUGAUGGUCCUUAUCAAAAAGAUGCUGGAUGAGGGAAUGCUACCCACAACCUACAGUGAGCAAGGCCUAUUACAUAAUGAUGGGCAGCCAGAGAUGCUGGAAUCUGUUAUGAGAGACUAUACCUUACUCAGCUGUUUCAAGAAAGAUGCCCAUAAGAUGGAGACCUUCCUCAAGCUUCUCAAGUGUCGACAAACUGACAUAUAUAACUGUGCAUAAAACACAGUGCAGCUUUUAAUUAAUCCAGUGCUUAGUUUUAAAUGAAUUCCUAAGGUUGGUAGCUGUGCAUUUAUGGAUAUGUUCGUGCCUUAGGCGAUUCAGACUUGCUUGCAAUGCAGUAUUGUUUAUUGAUUGUUUCAGGGCACCUUCACACACAACUAGCUAGGUAGGUGUUAUGCCCUUUCUUCAACACCACAUUUUAUAUUUCCCAGCUCAGUUGUUAUUUUAACCUGGAAAAGGCAACAGAGGGCAAACUCCCAAAAGAUUAGUUUCUCGUUGACAUGUCAAAAAAAUCUGCAUAUCCUGCCAUUGAUUUCCAUUUUCUUUGUUCUUAACUGGAUGUUGUAUUGCUCGCUGGAUCCUGCAGUGUUCUGAUUAUUCCCACGGCCCCGAGAGUAUUCAGUGAGACUCCCGUUUUAAAUAGAGUUGGUAUCACCGCUGCAUUAGUGAAAUGAAACACUUUCACCGGAGAUGGGAGUCAAACAGGGAGCAAUCACUAUUUAGAAAAAGAGACACAUUUUGAUUGGUGAACGAGAGUGUGAGAGAGACAGAAGAAGUGAACAAAUAAUAGCAAAAACGACAGUUUUGUGGAGUUUUGGAUAGACUGGUUCAGAUUUGUUGGCCACUCAUCAGAAAUUCAUGAACAUAUCUAAAUGUACUUAAUCUAACCUGAAUGGGAUAGAGGUUUAUUAAGAAUACUUUUAAUUAACUUUAAAUUAGCAUGAAAUAUAACACUUAAACUUUAAUGUUAUAAAAAUGGCAUUACAGUGUAAUGCAGAAUGCAAAUUAUACUCCUAUUUUUAAAUAAAAGAAGUCCACUGUAUGGUGAAAAACUUUCUGUUGAUUUAGCAAGCUAA